AUGUCAAUUAUUGUUAAAAAAUUUCUAAAGACUAACCUUUUAGAAAAACAACACUUUAAUAAACAUACUGAAAGAGAAAGAAAACGAUUUGAAUACAUUAACAAGUCUAUAUCUGAUCGGAAAGCCUAUCUUUGUUUGUCUCCAACUGAACAGUAUAUUUUGAAUGACAAAGUAUUCUCAUUGAUUCCUAUUUUAAAAGUCAUUACAUCAUUCAAGACAAGAACAACGAAUGUAUGAUUUCAAGACUCCUUUUGACAAUGAUCAUUGUGUUGAGAAGAAAGAAAGGUCUAAGGAAAUGACACUUACAAUGGCACUUUCAUCUAUGAAGAAUAGUAAUCAAAUAUAACAAAUAACAAAACCAAAAAAAAAACUAACAUUUUUAGAAUCUAUUGUAUUUUCACCAGAUGGAACACUUAAAAUUAUUUGGGAUUUUAUGUGUAUGUUUCUAAUUUUUUAUGAAAUUUUGUCCAUACCUUUUAGAAUUAGUUUUGAUUUUGAAAUAAGUGAAGAACUAAGUACAUUUAUUACAACUAUUUUCUUGAUUGAUAUUGCAAUUACAUUUAAUACAGCUGUCUGGAUCAAAGGUACCAUCAAUUUUCAAUACUCAGUGAUAUUUAGACAAUAUAUGAAACUUUGGUUUUGGUUAGAUUUAAUUGCAUCCUUUCCAUAUGAUAUGGUAUUAUAAUAUUAAAUAAUAAUUAGAUCAUAGAAUCAAUAUUAUUAUCAGAUGCUGAUGAAACUGAUUAAAGUAAUAAGAAUGUUGGAUAAUCAAAGACAUUACAAUAAAGUGCAUAAAUUUUGAGACUUUUAAAAUUCUUUAGAUUUAUUAAGAUCAUUAGAUUACUUAGAUUAGCUAAAUUAAAAGUUAUUUUUGAUAAAAUUGAAGAAUAACUUUAAACAUAUACUACUAUUAAUACAAUUGCUAGUUUCCUUAAGUUGAGUUUUUUUGUAUUAUUUUGGUCACAUUGGUUAGGAUGUAUAUUUCAUUUUGUAGGAAUGAAUGAAGAUCCUAAUCAUAAUUGGUUAGUUGUAGCUGGUAUUUAUGAUUCCCCUGUUGAAGUAAGAUAUGUUACAUCAAUUUAUUGGGCUGUCACUACAAUGAUUACUGUUGGUUAUGGAGAUAUUUCACCUUAAACAACAACAGAAAGAUUAUGUGGAAUAUUCUUUUUAUUGGUAGCUUGUGGAGUAUUAUCAUUUACAAUGAAUUCUAUAGGAAAUACUAUGUAAUAAAUGAGUUAAAAAAAAGAUUAAUAAAAAAAAAAUAUUGCUGAAAUUAAUAAUUAUAUGCAAAAAGUAAAAAUACCAAAACAUCUUUAAUAAAGAGUAAGAAAAUAUUUAUAAUAUAUUUGGGAUUCAAGUAGACUUAUUAAAUUAGAUGCUAUUACUGUUAAUCUAUCUUAAGAAUUAAAGUAAUUAUUAACUGUUCAUGUUAAUGGUAAUAUAUUAGCUACAUAUACAAAUUUCUGUAAAACCUUCUCACGUGUUCUUCUCUUAGAUAUUACUUAAAUCUUAUUUGAAUAAACUGCAUAACCAGAUGAAUAUAUAAUUAUUGAAGAUAAUCCUAAAAAUUCACAUCAUUUAUAUUUUAUCUAAGAUGGUUUAAUUAAUAUAGUAUUACCUAAGACAAGAUAAGUAGUAGCUAAAUUAACUAAUAAAUAAAUUUUUGGAGAAAUUAAUUUUUUUGGAAAUGUAGGUAGAACUGCCUCUGCUAAAAGUGAAGGGUUUAGUGAUUUAUUUGUAUUAAAAAGAGAGAGUUUUUUAUAAAUAUUGUAAAAAUAUCCUAAAGAUUUUGAGAAAUUCUAUAUAAUAUAAGAAGAAGUUAAUAAACAUUAAUAUUAAGUACUUUAAAUACAUUGUUUUGCAUGUGAAUUACCAGGACAUGUAGUAAGAGAUUGUCCAUAAUUACAUUUUAUUGUAGAUCUUUAUAUUUAUAAUAAAACAAAGAAUAGAUGUAUUAGAUAAAUAAUGAAAGAAUAUGUAAGAAAAGAUAGAAUACAUUUUAAUGCUAUUAAACAUUAGUAUUUAAUAAAGAAAGAAGCAUUAAGUAUUUAAACUGUAAUACCAAUGACUGGAUUUAUUGUUGAAGAAUGUAAUUUAGAAGAUGCAUAAUUUAAAACUAUUCAAUUUAAAAGCAUACCUUAACCUGUUAAAAUUAAAUCAAAAUUUAAAGAAGAUCGUAAUAGAAGAAGAGAAAUAUAAAAAGUUAUACGUGCAUAAUAGAGUUAAGUUUAAAUGAUUACUCAAAAACAAAAUGAUAUUUAUAAUCUUACUAAAUCUCUUUCAUAAUUAAUUUAAUCAUCAACACCAUCUAUAAAUUUAUAAAGUAGUAGUAUAAGUCAUACUAAAAUUAAUGAAAAUUAAAGUUCAGAUGAAUAAAGUGAUUCAGAAACUAUAUAAUAAAAAUUAGAUGAAAUUAUAUUAGAAUAUUAAGUUUAAAAAGAAAAUUAAAAUUAAGAAAAUCUAUUCACUUAAAAUAAAAGUUAACAAAAUUAUUCUUUAAUUGAUUAUUUUGAAUUUGGAUAUGAUUUUGAAAUUUAUUGCACUCAUAAUAAUUUAUCUGUUGUUUUAAAAGAAGUUUAGAAAUAUUAUAAUGGUGCCCAAAUCAAACCAAAAAUAGACACUGAAUAUGAGUAAUCCUCUUAUAUAUCAUAGUGUUAAUGUAUUUGAAGAAUACAUGGAUUAUUAUGCAAUUAAUAUGGAAGAUAUUAAUCGAUUUAGAUUAGAAGUUAAGCCAGAAAGAUUAAAACAAUUUUUACCAUAUACUACUUUAGUUGAAAUGAAAUAAUCAAGAUAAGUAUUAAUGUUAUUUUUAUUUAUUUAGUUUAAAUAAAAUUAAGGACGUAUUAAAAUUGCAUCUAGAUAAUCUGAAAAUAAUUCUUCUGAAUAUUCAAAGAAGAUAUGGAUAAUUUGA